AAGUGGCGCCUGUGUUUACAGAAGAAGAAAAAGAAGACGUCGUCGUCAUCGUCAUCCUCUUUAUCAUCACAAAAAUGGCUGCUGAAAGCGAUCCGGAGUCAGAGGUGUUUGAGAUCACCGAUUUCACCACCGCAUCGGAGUGGGAACGGUUUGUGUCCAGAGUCGAGGAAGUGCUAAAUGACUGGAAGCUGAUUGGGAACUCUGCAGGAAAGUUAUCCCCUGAGAAGGGUGAAUACACCAGUGGAACCUGGGAGGAGAAGUCUCAGGAUAUUAAUUUUGCUGAUUUUAAGUUCUACAUAACUCACCACUUUCUGAAAAAGGAAUGUGAUAAGGAUGAUGGGACGGACAAGCUUGAGGAAGAUGCUUUCCCCUUGGCAAUGCAGGACCUUUUGUGUAUGAACAAUGACUUCCCUCCUCGAGCCCACUGCCUGGUUAGAUGGUAUGGUGUACGAGAGUUUGUUGUCAUCACCCCUGGGACCAACUGUGAGGCUAUCAUCAGUGAGUCCAAAUGCAAUCUCCUUCUCAGCUCCCUCUCCAUUUCUCUGACAAACAGUGGCUGCCAGGUGCCCAUGUUUGUGCAGAUCCAGCAGAAGUGGAGGCGUAUGUAUGCUGGAGAGUGCCAGGGACCAGGUGUGCGUACUGACUUUGAGAUGGUUCAUCUCCGCAAGGUGCCAAGCCAGUACAAUCACCUGUCUGGUCUGCUUGACAUCUUCAAAUCUAAAAUAGGUUGUGGUUUGUCACUUCUGCCUCCAGUCAACAUUGCCAUCCGUUUUACCUACAUUCUCCAAGACUGGCAGCAGUAUUCAUGGCCGCAGCAGCCUCCAGAUUUUGACACACUCCUUGGAGGUGAGGUGGGAGGGGUUGAGUUUGGGAAGCUUCCAUUUGGAGCUUGUGAAGAGCCAAUCAGUGAACUUCAUCUUGCAACCACUUGGCCUCAGCUGACAGAAGGUAUUGUUGUGGAUAAUGAUGUCUACAGUGAUCUUGACCCUCUCCAAGCUCCUCACUGGUCAGUCCGAGUCAGGACAGCUGAAAACCCUCAGUGUUUACUCGGUGACACCUUGACAGAGUUGUUUAAACUCUGCUUUAGGAAAGAGUCUACAGAAGACAUUCUUGGAAGAGGAGGGGCUGAAGAGGAGAGCAAAGAAAAUAGUGACAUCAGCUCGGCUUUAUCCAAGCUGACAGAGCCAGCAGCAACAGUGCCCAUCUCCAAACUUUCUGUCUCCAAUAUGGUGCACAGUGCCCGAAAACACAUCCGACGUCACAGACACCUUGAUGAGUCACCACUCAAUACUAAUGUUCUUAAUUCUGUCCUGCUGUAUCUCUUCCCAGAUGCUGCCGUGGAGAAGUCAUCAGAGCAUAGCAAGACUAAAGCUGCACAGUCAAAUGCCAGUGGGAAAGCCGAGCAAGAUAAAAAUUCUGACGAUAAUCUAUUUUUCCAGCUGAAAUCAGCACCCAUUGACAGUCUGACUUACCGACUGGCACUGUGUGUCUGUCUGGUCAACUACAACCAUGGUGGACUCCGGGCUGUCGCCCACCUCUGGCAAGAGUUUGUAUUAGAACUGCGCUAUCGCUGGGAAAACAACUACCUCAUCUGUGGACUCUCUGGUGGACCUCCUGAUCUUCGCUGUUGUCUUUUCCAUCAGAAACUGCAGAUGCUGAACUGCUGCAUUGAGAGGAAGAGGGCCAGAGAUGAAGCUCGCAAGGUGCUGGAAGGAAGCAGAGAGAGAGAGCGCAGGGUGUCUAGCAGCUGCCAAAAUGUCCGGCCGGUACCGGAGUCUUUGACAGCAACAACUGCAUCCACCUCAACAAGGGAGGUGUCUCCUGGGAAAUCCUGGGAAUCAUGGAGUGACAGUGAGGAGGAGUUCUUUGAGUGCCUAAGUGACCAGGCUGAGAUAGAGACUCCACAUACUGAGGGAGAAAAGGAGGGCUGCAAAAUUAAAGCAGAGGGUAGGCUGCACCCCUGUAACAACAUGACUCUACUCAACUCUCCAGAGCCUCUUUACAUCCCUGUCACACAGGAACCUGCUCCCAUGACAGAGGAUCUGUUAGAGGAGCAGUCAGAAGUGCUGGCCAAACUGGGCACAUCAGCUGAAGGUACCCACCUCCGUGCACGGAUGCAGAGUGCUUGUCUUCUCUCUGAUAUGGAGUCUUUUAAGGCAGCCAACCCAGGUUGUGUUCUUGAGGAUUUUGUGCGCUGGUACUCACCUAGGGAUUACAUAAAAGAGGAGGAAGUUGACGAGAGGGGUAACAGAGUCAUGAAAGGUGAGCUUAGUGCCAGGAUGAAGAUCCCAGGCAACAUGUGGGUGGAGGCUUGGGAGACAGCCAGGGCUAUACCUGCACGCCGGCAGAGAAGGCUUUUUGAUGACACCAAGGAGGCUGAAAAGGUUCUGCACUAUCUGGCAAUGCAGAAACCUGCAGACUUGGCACGCCAUCUCCUGCCCUGCAUACUUCAUGCGGCUAUUCUGAAGUUAAAGGAGGAAGAGUCAGUAGAAGGCAUUCCAUCCGUCAAAAAGAACAUCCAUCAAGCAACAUGUCAAGCCACCAAACUGCUGCAGCCUCCCAUCCAUGAUUACAAGAAGAUAGAGGAUUUCAUUAACCAGUUGAUGACCAUGGAGACAGCCAUCACCCGAGCUCGCUCACUUAAGGCCAAGUUUUCCAUUUGUGAGGGUGAGAAGGGAGAGGACACAGAAGAGUUAGAGAAGUUUGUGAGCUCUCUGCUGGAGGAACCAGAGGUGGUGGUCAUCGGAGCUGGCCAGGGUCCGACUGGCAGUAUCAUCCACAAGCUAUUUGUCAGCGCUCAGAGGUUGGCUGACUUCACCAGUGAUGAGGUAACCACAAGUUAUAACACAUUUCUUCCCAACGAAAUCCUCACCCUUCUGCAGUCCAACAGCCUCACUCCCGCAUUACAUACACAAUGAAAUUCACAAAUAAGCAAACAUACUCCAGAAGUUUGUGUGCACUACAAAGAACCAUUUUCAUUUGUUAAUUCAGGAUACUUUAGUUGUUGUUUCCGUAUGUAUGUUGCUCCUCCAAGGUCAAGGUCUGUGUAGAUUUGGAUAUAGCCUUGUUUAGGGCGUCUAUUAUGAUUUCUGCCAUCUACGGUCUAUUUCCAUAGAUUAUUGUUAUUAUUGUUAUUUACUUAUGUCGUAAUUAUGUUAUUUAAACAAGCCAUCUCAUCGAGAUCAAGAUCUCUUUAACCGUAUUAUCACCAACUCUCGGGUCCACAUUUUAGCACUUUUUACUUAUUUGUUUUGGGUUUUCAUGACUUGCAGGGAGCUGUAUUCCGUGAAAAGAAACUAGCUGGAAAACUUGGAAUAGCUAAAGAGUCAAAGUUUUGGACAUUACUCUUUAUUAAACGUACAAACAUAUGUAUCAGUCAUAUACUCUCUCUUACAUACACACACUCAAGCUCCCACUAAUUGUUAAUAACAAAAGGUUCAUAUUAGACUUCUUGCAACCAAUUUUGUAUUAAUAAGCUCCAGAAAUUGCUAAACGCAGAAAGAAAUCAUUCACUUAACUGUUACACCACUGGGAUUUCUUUGGAAGCUACAGUCAAGUCAAGAAAAAACACGCAAAAUUUGAAAAAUGAACCCUACAACAUACCAGUAUCAUCACAAAAGCCAUCUUAAUAAUACAGCCUGCAGAAAUAAUACUUUUACAAACAAAAAUGGAAUAAUUAAAAAUCCACCUAACAUGAGUACAGAAUACAAGAGACAGGUUACAGUAUGUGGGGCACACAAACUGACAGAGCAUCCAAAAAUGAAACCGGAUCCUUUUGAAUGUCCCCUGAUAGCAGCCUCCAGAAUCAGAAUCGAAUUUAUCCCCGAGGGGAAAUUCCUUUUUGUACAGACAUUGCUCUUGCAAUUUUCUCAACCAAGAAAAGAAAGUGAAA